AUGCCAUGUAUCGCGACUUUCGCGCAUAACCACCAAACCACCAACCGUCUUUCCUUCUUCCCCAUGUUCCACCGCCAUCUUUUCGUCGCGCUUGGCGUGGCGUUCCAUUUUUUCUACCUCUGGCUGAUUUUCGACAUCUACUUUGUGUCGCCGCUCGUGCACGGCAUGGCCCAGCACAAGGCCACGCAAGACGCGCCCGCCAAACGCCUCUUUCUCAUUGUGGGCGACGGCUUACGCGCCGACAAGACGUUUGGCCGCGUGCAUCACCCGGAAUCGGGCGAAGACGUGUACUUGGCACCGUAUUUGCGGCUGCUUGUGGAGAACAACGCCACGUGGGGCAUUUCCAACACGCGGAUGCCCACCGAGUCUCGUCCGGGCCACGUUGCCAUGAUCGCCGGCUUCUACGAGGACGUGAGCGCCGUGACCAAGGGCUGGAAAGAAAACCCGGUCGAUUUCGACUCCUUCUUCAACCAGCUGACCCACACCUACUCCUUCGGGUCGCCAGACAUCUUGCCCAUGUUCGCUUACGGCGACAGCGUGGUGCCUGGCCGCAUCGACGUGUGCAUGUACGGCCACGAGUUUGAAGAUUUCACCCAGAGCUCGAUCGAGCUCGAUGCAUUUGUGUUCAACCACGUGGAUCUGCUUUUGGAACAGGCGCAAACCAACGCCACGCUCGAUGCCGAGUUGCGUCGCGACGGCAACGUCUUCUUCUUGCACUUGUUGGGCCCCGACACCGCGGGCCACGCCUACAGACCGUACUCGGCCGAGUACUACGACAACAUCCGCUACAUUGACGAAAAGCUUGCCGAUCUUGUGCCUCGGCUCGAGGCCUUUUUCGGCGACGAAAGCUCCGCUUUUGUGUUCACCGCAGACCACGGCAUGUCGGACUUUGGUUCGCAUGGCGACGGCCACCCAGACAACACACGGACGCCUCUCAUUGCAUGGGGUGCGGGCGUCCGGAAACCAGAGCUUGCGCUGCCGGAACAGCUUGCAAAACAGCACCCACAAGUGGCGGGUUACGAAGACGAGUACUUUGCCACGUGGGGUUUGGACCAGUAUGCUCGCCAUGACGUGAAACAGGCAGACAUUGCGCUGUUGAUGGCUUACUUGAUUGGCGCAAACUACCCAGCCAAUUCCGUUGGUGAGUUGCCUUUGGCCUACAUCGAGGGUGCUGCCGAAGACAAAAUCGCCGCUCUAUACGAAAACGCCUUGGCCAUUGUUGAACAGUACAUUGUCAAGGAAAGCGAAGUGUAUGGCCAUCAGUUCCGGUACAAGCCGUACGACCCGUUUGUCGAGCGGCCCGUGGCAGAGCAAAAGCGCCAAAUCGAGCACCUUCUUGCUGAAUUCCGCCAUGAUCCAACGCCUGAGCGCGAAGAAGAGCUUGUAGCUCUCGUGGAAAGCUUGAUGAAAUGUGCUUUGGAUGGCUUAACCUACUUGCAAACUUACAACUGGGUGUUGUUGCGGUCCAUUGUCACGUUGGGCUUUUUCGGCUGGAUCGGCUACUCCCUUAACGUGUUUUUGAAGUUGUUCAUCUUGAAGUCAUUCACUCAACCACCACACUCCACACCACUACUUGCUUUGUUUGGCGUCCUUGCCACAGCGUUGAACUACUUGUUGUUUUACCAACGCUCGCCAUUCAAUUACUACAUGUAUGCUGCAUUCCCAUUAUAUUUUUGGUACACCAUUCUUAACGAGCGCAGUUUGUUUGCCCAAGGUUUGCGUGUGUUCCUUUUCGGAAUCUCAACCCCAACCAAGGCUUUUACCCUUGUCUCGUUCCUUGGCAUGUAUGAAAGCAUUGUCUAUGGUUUCUUCAACAGACACAUGUUCUCGCUUCUCUUUGUUUUGACCGGCUUGUAUCCAUGGAUGGUUCGGAAACCGUUGCCGCUUCAAACAAAACUCACUUGGCUCGUCAGCUGCAUCUGCAUGUGUACUUUCACAAACUUGGACGUGGUCAAGGUCGAGAGCUUGGCGCAAAUUAAUGUCAGCUCUGCCAUUGCAUUCAUUGUCGGUACUAUUGGUGCUGGCAAAGUUUUCCAACGGAAUAUUCCGGCAGUGGUGAAGAAACUCGUUGUGGCACAGUUGGCCACAAUCCCAGUAAUGGUAUUUGCCACAAAUGUCUCCGUUGUUUCAUUGCAAGCACGUACAGGCUUGCCAUUGUAUUCUCAAGUUUUAGGAUGGGUCACUUUUGUGGUUUCGUUGGUGGUUUUGCCAGUCUUCCAUGCAUUGCACGCUUGCUCAGACUACCAAUUGCGGCUCUUGAUUAUUUUCUUGACGUUUAUUCCUACAUUUGUCAUUUUGACCAUCUCAUUUGAGUUGUUCUUUUACGUUAGUUAUUCUUUGGUUUUGUUGCAGUGGUUGCAGAUCGAAACACUGUUGAAGUUCACAAGAAAGGAAAUUGAAGAAAGCAAAGAAAGUCUGAAAUCUCUACCACAAGGCUACUGGUUGCAAACUAUCCGCGUGUCUAUCAUUGGCUUUUUGUUUUUACAGUUUGCCUUUUUCGGAAUCGGUAAUGUUGCAUCGAUCUCGUCCUUCUCUUUGGACUCGGUCUACCGAUUAGUGCCUAUUUUUGACCCAUUUGCAAUGGGGGCAUUGCUUAUGCUUAAGUUGAUUAUCCCAUACGUGUUAUUGUCGACGUGUUUUGGAAUUAUGAACUCUCAGUUGGAAAUCAGAAAAUUCACCAUCUCAACGUUGAUCAUUUCCACGUCAGACUUUUUGUCUCUCAACUUUUUCUACUUGGUUAGAACCGAAGGAUCGUGGCUCGAUAUUGGAGUGUCCAUCUCGAACUAUGUUUUGGCUAUAUUAUCGUCUUUGUUCAUGCUCAUUUUAGAACUUGUGAGCACAGUGAUCUUGCGAGGCGUCAAGUUCGAAGACCAGGACACGAAAAUAUCCGAGAUUUUGGCAGACGAAAACCCCAUCAGCUCGCGUCUCCGGAGAAGAAAACACAACUAA